AUGCGUCGUUGGGUGAUUCUUCUGUUGCUCUUUUUUACUCUUGCUGAAGUAGCCGACUCCUAUGUGUUCCCACUUUGCUCCAGGAUGUUUGUUAAACCGACGCAAUCUAGAAGGAGAUGUUUUUCUGCAUGCAAUGCCUUAGGGUGCACAACUGGCCGGUGCAUGCGACAACGAGGUCGGCCGAAGUGUGGAUGUAAAGGAUGCAAACCACCCUGA